AUGGACCAAAUUCAAGAAGAAUCUGAAUUUACUUUUGUCAUUGUGGGAGGAGGAAUUGCUGGUGUAACAUGUGCAGAAACUAUAGCCAUUUGUUGUCCUGAAGAAUCGAUUUUACUAAUGACAGAAUCUACAGUUAUUAAAACUGUUGCCAAUUUGGAACCAGUAGCUCGCUAUCUGCAUAAAUUUGAUGUUCAGGAAAGGACAUUAGCCUCGACAUCUUUAGGAGGAGGCAAUAAAUUCCUAGCACCAGCAAUUGUAACUGUUGUAGACCAAUUAAAAGCAAUUGAAGCGGAAUCAAAAUUCAUUUUAACUAAAGAAAACAAAAAAAUCCACUAUAAAUACUUGUGUUUGUGCACUGGUGGUACACCACGUCUUAUCGAAGAUAACAAUUCUUUGAUUUUGGGUAUACGAGAUACAGAUUCUGUUUUGGAAUUACAAAAAAGAUUAAGGAGUGCUAAGAAAAUUGUUUUAGUAGGAAAUGGUGGCAUUGCUAGUGAACUGGCCCACGAAUUGGAAGGUGUUGAAGUACAUUGGGUAGUCAAAGAUAAUCAUAUUGCAUCCACAUUUAUAGAUCCCGGUGCUGCAUAUUUUUUCCAACAGAGAAUUGAUCAACAACUGCAAAACAAGGUGAACGAUAGUCCUGCUAAAGGAAUUGUUAAACGUUUACGUUAUGAUGAAAUAGCACCCACAGAAGAUGCUGGUUAUAAAAAAGGUGCAGCUUUAGGACCGGAUUGGCAUCAACACUUUGAUUUAAGAGGUACACAAGGCAGCAAAACUAAACCAAUUAUCCACUUUAAAGCAUUAAUCGACAAAAUGGAGAGAGUAACAACAGAUACCAAUAAAAACUCUUUAAAUAUUCAUCUAACUACUGGUGAAGAAAUAAAUUGUGAUUUCAUAGUAUCAGCUACAGGAGUAGUACCAAGACAGGACUAUAUUUGUAAGCCAGAAUUAAAACUAUCUGAGGAAGACUGUGGCAUACAAGUUAAUGAAAUGAUGCAAACCUCAAACGAGUUCAUAUAUGCAGCCGGUGAUGUGUGCACUGCUGCCUGGCCAAAAACUGAGCAUUGGUUCCAAAUGCGUUUGUGGACACAAGCUCGUCAAAUGGGCUGCAUGGCUGGUAGAAGUAUGGCUGCUGCUUUUAAUAAGGAAACUGUCUAUCAAGAUUUUUGUUUCGAACUUUUCGGUCAUGUUACGCAAUUAUUUGGUUUGCCUGUCGUGCUACUCGGCCGUUACAAUGGCCAAGGAUUGGGUACCAACUAUGAGCUAUUAAUUCGCAGCACACCUGGUCAUGAGUAUAUUAAAUUUGUUUUACAAAAUGGAAAACUUAGAGGAGCUAUUUUAAUUGGUAACACGGAGUUAGCGGAAACUUGCGAAAACCUUAUACUCAAUGGCAUUGAUUUAACACCAUUUGGAGAUGAUAUCCUUAAUCCCGACAUUGACAUUGAAGAUUAUUUUGAUUAAAUUUUAAAUAAUAAAACUGCUGUAUAUAUAUUUUUCGUUACUAUUAAAGAAAUACAAUUAAAUUAUAAAAAGAAAAA